UCCCACAGAAGCUGUUUUUCACGCACAUCUUUGAUUUCCCCUCGACCUUUUUUAGUGACUAGGGAGACGCACUAUGAUACAAAAAUGACGGCAAAAAUUCUUUAUUUUCUCAUUCUACUUUGGGGAUGUUUAAAAUUUUCUUUGGAGUUCAAAAAGGUGGAGCAGGAUGCUAUAGGUUCGGCUUUCCUGAUGACGUCAGAUGUGUUCCUGACAGGGGAAUUGUUUGAUGACAAAGAACGCCAGGGGGCGCUGGUUUUGUUUCGGGGUGAGGAUGAAACACUUGGUACAAAGUUCAUCGUAUACCUGGAAUUUACUUCACAUCAAGUAAUUAUACACGUAAAAUCACGGGAUGGAAAAGAGGUUCAAAUAACAUUCCCAUGUCAACCGCAGCUGAAAGAAAAAGACAUUCGGAUCACACUCCACUUUAAAGACCUCUUGAAAUCCCCCAACCAAAUCUUAAUGUACAUCAACUGCAAACUGGUGGGGAAGACCAGCUCAGUUCCCAUCAGGGAGGGGCUGGUAGGAUCUCAGCGACAGCAAAUAAAUCCCAGAUUCUGGUUUUAUGUUGGAAAAGAUGUAAGACAUAUCCUCCAGAAUCAGGGAUGCCCAGUCAGCUUCCCCACCCAGGAACCACCCUCUAGAAAUUCUCAUGAUACUAUUGUUCGAGUGGUAGUACCACCGCGCCCAAAACCAGACCUCGACAAAGACAAAACAUCAUCCAAGGAUAGAACGGGCCAUGUUAAAACUCCCAGGGAACCUCUUCCGGAAAGUCGACACAGGUUAACACUUCCGGAUUCUAAAGCCAUACCCAUUGAUUCUAGAGAAGUCCAUCUAUUGUCGACUUCCCUGAGAACACUCACUUCCGCCGUUAUGCAACUGCAGCGACAGAUAACGAUACAGGGCCAAGAGACACGUUACCUGAGAGAAGUCUUGAGUCGCUGUGAUAUGUGUAGAGGGCGCACUGGCCAACCAACAGAUACGUAUCACCGAGAGAGAAUUUUGACUUGCCAGGACAAGCCAUGCUACGAUAACGUGCAAUGUGAGGAUACCUCACGUGGAUACCGGUGUGGGAGGUGCCCAGAAAACUUCACAGGAGACGGAAUCACAUGUGUUCCUAAAAUCACGUGUGAACAGAAGCCUUGUUUUGGAGGUGUACAGUGUACGGAAACAGUGGACGGAGUCCAGUGUGGUCAGUGUCCGACAGGAGUGAUAGGCGACGAAUCACGGAAUGGUUGUCAAGACGAGACAAUAACGUGCCAAUCCAGACCCUGUUUUCCAGGAGUCACUUGCGUUGACACUACGUACGGGUACGAGUGUGGAGAUUGUCCGACCGGCAUGCAGGGAAACGGGACUGCCGAUGGAUGUGUUCAAUCCCCAGAGAGUUGUGAAAGUCUUCCUUGCUUUGAUGGAGUUCUUUGUAUUGAUAUCGAUGACGGAUAUCAGUGCGGUCCCUGUCCACAAGGCAUGACGGGAAAUGGAACAAAAUCUGGCUGCCACCCCAUUGGUUGUGAUUCAAAUCCUUGUUUUGCUGGAGUGGAGUGUGUAGAUUCCAAUAAUGGAUAUCAAUGUUCGUCGUGCCCUGAGGGAUAUAAAGGGAACGGGACAUAUUGCACGGAUAUUGACGAGUGUAGAGUACAUAACCCAUGCAGUUUCAUGACGGAAUGCGUGAAUUUAAUUCCUGGAUAUAAGUGUACAAGCUGCCCCUCUGGAUACUCCGGAAAUGACGUGUCUGGAGUCGGUAUCGAGGGCCUGAAAGCCGUACAGCAGGCUUGUGAAGACGUAAAUGAAUGUGAAGACGGAAAUAAUGGAGGCUGUGUGGAUUAUUCUCACUGCACAAAUACACUCGGAUCCUUUGUAUGUGGAGAGUGCUUUGAUGAUUUUGUCGGUAACCAGACAGUUGGAUGUCGAGAGAUGAAGACGCUCUGUCCAGACGGAGUGAGAGAGUGUCACAAACACGCCAUGUGUGUCAUGGGAAUAUCGGGGUAUGACUGCCAGUGCCGAAUUGGAUAUGCUGGUAAUGGGGAAUACUGCGCCAAAGACAACGAUCUGGAUGGCAUGCCCAAUAUCGGGCUUCGUUGUAAAGAAUACAGAUGCUCAAGAGAUAACUGCCGAGAUGUUCCAAAUAGUGGUCAAGAGGAUGUUGACCUGGAUGGAAUCGGAGAUGCUUGCGAUGAAGACAUCGAUGGAGACGGAAUCGUUAAUAAUCCAGACAACUGCCCGUAUGUAGCAAAUCCUGGUCAGGAAAACACAGACGAAGGAGAAAAAGACAAUCAUGGAGAUUCUUGUGAUAACUGUCCUAGUGUACCCAACACUGACCAGCUCGAUACGGACAAGGACGGCGUUGGCGAUGCCUGUGACCCUGAUAUAGAUAAUGACGGAAUUUUGAACGACAAGGACAAUUGUCCUAAAGUGGCUAACCCUGACCAGGAUGAUGGGGAUGAAGACGGCAUCGGGGAUCUGUGUGACAACUGUCCCUUUCUGGCGAAUAAAUUACAGAAUGAUUCUGACCAUGACUCUAUCGGCGACAUCUGUGACACGAACGAAGACGAAGACAGUGAUGGAAUACAAGACAAUUACGACAACUGUGAGUUUGUUCCAAACGCUGACCAGUUGGACACAGACGAGGAUAAUAUCGGCAAUGUUUGUGAUGAAGACGAUGACAAUGACGGGGUAGAUGAUGAUGACGAUAACUGCCCUCUCGUAUCAAACCCUGACCAGGUCGACACGGAUGGUGAUGGAUACGGUGACGCCUGCAUAGAUGAUACUGAUGGAGAUGGAUUCGCUGAUGUGGAGGACGUUUGUCCGGAACAUAAAGAUAUCCAUUCCACUGACUUCCGGUCUUUCCAGACAAUCCUGUUGGAUCCAGUUGGGGAUUCUCAAAUAGACCCGGAGUGGCUUAUUUUAAACCAGGGAGCAGAAAUAGUUCAAACAAAGAAUAGCGAUCCUGGGUUAGCUGUCAGUAAUAUCACGUUUUCUGGCGUGGAUUUCAGCGGGACUUUCUUUGUGAAUACGGACGUGGAUGAUGAUUAUGCUGGAUUUAUCUUCAGUUUUCAAGACAACUCUAAAUUUUAUUGUAUCAUGUGGAAGAAGUCCGCUCAGACAUACUGGCAUCCCACUCCAUUUCGGGCAGUUGCGGAGCCCGGAAUUCAGCUGAAGCUGGUAAAUUCCAAAACCGGUCCGGGUGAAUACCUCAGAAAUGCUUUAUGGCACACAGGAGAUACAACAGACGAAGUACAGCUUCUUUGGAAGGAUCCUAGAAAUACAGGUUGGAAGGAGAAGACAGCAUAUCGACUGGAGUUAAUUCAUAGACCGAAUAUCGGUCUUAUUAGAAUUUUGUUGUUUGAAGAAACAAGCCUAAUGGCUGACUCAGGAAAUGUGUAUGACGCCACUCUGCGUGGCGGAAAACUGGGCGUAUUUAGCUUUUCUCAGGAGGGUGUCAUAUGGUCUGAUCUGGUUUAUAGGUGUAAUGAUUACGUACCACGCGGCUUGUUGAGAGAGGGAGCCGAGCCUUUAGAACCAGCUGAGGGAUUUCUGGAAGAUUCCGGGAUGUACCAGUUUGUCAGAAAGAGAUAAAGGCCGAUAUAGAUUUCAUAUCGUCACCUUCUGAAAGUGCACAUUGAGAGAGACCUCGGUCGUUUUACAAUGAUAGGUCCGUGGUUGUGUAUUUUUUUUAAUCAGUCUCUGUCCAUCAUGCUGUGAUACUGUCUUAUGAAUAUGCAAUAACAUGCCUUCUCUGUGUAUUUGUCGUAACAAAAGACUCUAAGUGGCGCUUAUAUGUAACCAUUCUUUCUAAGUAAGGAAGUAUAUAUUUUUUGAUUUGAAUCCCCAAUAUUAAUUUGAAUUCCCAAUUUUUUUGAUAUAUUAUGAACACUUUCGAAAAUGAUGAAAUAAAUUGAAUAAUUAUAAAAUAUCA